UAUCGGCUCACAGCGAACCGACGAAAGCAUAUCCUCUUCCUCCCCUGUCCUUCAGAAGAACAGAACCAACCCUUUCUCUACCGCGCGCGCGCAAUGGCCUCUGCGUUAAGACAGCUCCUCAGUCUCCGGCGCUCCGGCGCCCAGGCAGAGGCACAUCAGUUCCCUCUUCUCCAGCCCAAGCGCCUUUCUCGGUCCAGCCUCACCGUUGCCGUGGAUCGGGACGCUUGCGUCCGCCGCUUUUCCAAGCUUUCCUAUGGACGUAGGAACUGGUAUUCCAUGAUAGCCGAGGCCUCUCCGGAGAGCGAUGGCAUAGUGCCUUCCAGCGAAGAUGAUGACGGCGUCUCUCUGGGCACCAUGAAACUGCCUCCGGACACCGAUCUCCCGAGAUUCGAAACCUUGCUUUUCCAGUGGGCCAACAGUCUAUGCCAAGGAGCAAAUCUGCCUCUCCCUAUGCCCCUGAAGGUAGACAAGAUACCAGGUGGAGCAAGAUUAGGCUUUAUUACGAUCGGUGACGGGGAGACUGAGGUUUUAGUGUACAUAGAUUGCCUGGUGUUCCCCCCGACCGAAGGUUCAGUUCCCAUCUUCCGAGCGAUCAGGAACGGACCGCUGAAAGAUCAGCCUCCGCCUGGCGAGCCCCGAAUCAUGAGAAGCCUUCUUGGAGCUCUUAAAAAGUCGGUGGAAAUCGCCAGAUUAUGAUGAGACUGUCUCGCUAUGCAGAGUUGUAGAAUCACGUCCGUUUCUUUUCUUUCCUUUUUGUAUAUUAUUAAAGAGCUCGUUCGGUUGAUUUUAGAGUUGGGAAGUACAUCAAUGCUUGCCCUCUCUGGUCUGCUCAAACAAUCCCAAUCGCUGUGGCGCUGAUUCUUUCAAGAACAUUUGAAAAGGUAAAAUGGUGUCUUUUAACUA